UUCAGAGGUGGCAGCUGGUUGUUGAUAUCGGUGUUAGCCCAAUAAAACUAUAUAAAAGUAAAGAACAAACGUCCCAGUCCUUUCUAAACAAGGUGAUUGUGUAUUAAUGAAGCAGUAUACGCUUUAAGUGUAACUACCUUGUUUGAGGAAAGGUAAAAAGAGGGAACAAGCGACUAUUAUUUCAUGAGAAUAUCCCCUGGGGAGUGUUUUUUUGGUUUUGAUGCCGUGCACCUGAGAGUGGAACUAUGCCCGCAGCCACUGUGGAUCAUAGCCAGAGAAUAUGUGAGGUUUGGGCCUGUAAUCUGGAAGAGGAGAUGAAGAGGAUCCGACAGGUGACCCGAAAGUUCAACUACAUUGCAAUGGACACAGAGUUUCCAGGUGUAGUAGCGAGACCAAUCGGAGAAUUUCGAAGCAAUGCAGAUUACCAGUACCAGCUGCUGCGGUGUAACGUGGACUUGUUAAAGAUCAUCCAGCUUGGCCUUACAUUUAUGAACGAACAGGGCGAAUACCCACCAGGGACAUCGACAUGGCAGUUCAACUUUAAAUUUAACCUCACGGAAGACAUGUAUGCACAGGACUCCAUAGAGCUGCUCACGUCGUCGGGUAUCCAGUUUAAGAAGCAUGAGGAGGAGGGUAUUGAGACACUGUACUUUGCUGAGCUGCUUAUGACCUCAGGUGUGGUGCUUUGUGAAGGGGUCAAAUGGCUCUCAUUCCAUAGCGGCUAUGACUUUGGGUACCUGAUAAAAAUUUUGUCCAACUCGAAGUUACCAGAUGAAGAGGUCGACUUCUUCGAGAUUCUUCGUUUAUUUUUCCCCAUCAUUUAUGACGUGAAAUACCUCAUGAAGAGCUGUAAGAACUUGAAGGGUGGCCUGCAGGAGGUGGCAGAGCAGCUGGAGCUGGAGAGAAUCGGACCUCAGCAUCAAGCAGGCUCUGAUUCGCUCCUCACAGGAAUGGCUUUCUUCAAGAUGAGAGAGAUGUUUUUUGAAGAUCACAUUGAUGAUGCAAAGUAUUGUGGUCACUUGUACGGACUGGGUUCAGGCUCAUCCUAUGUCCAGAACGGCACCGGAAAUGCCUACGAGGAGGAGGCCAACAAGCAGCAGUCAUGACACAACAACAACCCCUCACCAUAACAACCUCAUAUACAGGGCUUAAAACUUGGCUUUUUAGUUGUCCUUGUUUUGUUUUCCAUGAGAGAUUUGAUAGGAAUUUGCACUUUAAAGCUCCAAUCCAACAGAUCGGAGAAAAAAAUACAACUUCUUCCCUUUGUUGCCUUCUCUGGGUUAAAUCUUUUCACAUAAAGUUCAUCUUUUAUAGUUAAAGAAGACGAACCAUUUGGUGUUUUAGGUUUUUUUCCCACAGCUCAGCCUUAAUAUUAAGCUACUUUUUACGUUCUUCUUUUUUUAUCGUUAAUUUAUUGCGUUCGUUUUUUCUCAUGUACUGUUGCGUGGUUCAUUGACUGAUUGCACCGGUCACCUACAUGAACUGUUAUUCCCUGAUCACUGACUCCUCACACUUGACAAUAGCUUUAGACAGACGGAGGAUCUCACGGACGCACAGGUAAAUGCAGGCACUUAUAUGUCAAGCGAAGCUUUGCACCGAUUUUACCCUUUACGUUGGGUUAGCACAGAUUUUACCACACAAGUAAAUAAAGAGUGAUGAUGUACUGUAGUAACUGCCACUAUUUAAGUGAACUGAGGUCGCCUCCUGGAUCAAGAUUGUCUUUCCGUUUUCAUUUUUAAAAAAAGAUUUAAAGGUUUUGUAGUAUUUUAGUACCGAUAAAGUUCAAAGCCUUUUAUUCGUUUAAGAAAUGACGAUGCCUCUUAAAAGAAAUCUUAGCCAACUCAAGUACUCAGUGUCAGUGGAAUUAGUUUUACUUGUAGUGCUGGUUUUUUUGAAUGGUGCACAUGUUGUGCUGUUUGGGUUUUUCUCCGUUUUUGUAUUGUAUUACUUUACAAUUGUGUGUUGCGUAGAUCUGCUGCAUGUACUUGCUGAAAGAUAUUUGAAUAAAUGCUGUGUUAACUAUUCAGAGCUUUUAUAGACGUGAAUCGCAUGAACAGCUCAUACUUUUUUUUUUUUACUACUGUGAAUGAUAUUUUGGUAGCUCUUAACCUUCCUCCUCCUGUAUGUGUGUCAUCUCGAUGUGUACAGUAUCCACGGUGGCAUUAUGCAAUAUGAAGAGUGACUGUUUUUAGAGAAUUUGGAAAUAAAAGCCUGACUUUUCUAACAUA